CCAGUGGCCCCCUGCCAUAUUUAUCCAUGCCGGGCAAGAUGGCGGCGAUAUGGACGAGGUGUUAUUGGCAGUGGACAUAAAAAGGAAUUUUAUUCACAAAACAACGCCGAGUCAGAUACAUUUUUACACUCGGUUGUUUUGUGUGUGUCUCUGCCACGCAACGGGCGUCGACAUCUUUUUUUAUUUCACGCAUUUCAACGUUUUUGUCUCACAAAAUGUUCACGUUGUAGUUCGCUCGCUAACCGUCCAGCUGGCUAACAGAGAGCAGCCACUAGCUAGCUAGCCGAACAUCACAGGCAAGCCGCCGCCGUGAAGUGUAGAAUGGGAGAAAAGCUGGAGCUCAAGCUCAAAUCGCCGGUUGGAGCAGAACCCGCUGGCUACCCGUGGCCGUUACCAGUAUACGAUAAACAUCAUGAUGCUGCUCAUGAAAUCAUUGAGACCAUUCGGUGGGUGUGUGAGGAGAUUCCAGACCUCAAACUUGCAAUGGAAAACUAUGUACUCAUUGACUAUGACACAAAAAGCUUCGAAAGCAUGCAGAGACUUUGUGACAAGUACAACAGGGCCAUUGACAGCAUUCACCAGCUAUGGAAGGGGACCACCCAACCCAUGAAACUGAACAAACGUCCGUCUAAUGGGCUGCUGAGACACAUCCUACAGCAGGUGUACAACCACUCAGUGACUGACCCUGAGAAGCUGAACAACUAUGAGCCCUUCUCCCCAGAGGUGUAUGGAGAGACAUCGUUUGACCUGGUGGCUCAGAUCAUUGACGAGAUGGAAAUGAUGGAAGACGAUACCUUUGUUGACCUCGGCAGUGGAGUGGGACAGGUGGUGCUACAGGUUGCAGCAGCAACCAACUGUAAACACUACUAUGGUGUAGAGAAAGCAGACAUUCCAGCCACCUAUGCAGAGAGCAUGGAUAAAGAAUUUAAGAAGUGGAUGAAGUGGUAUGGGAAGAAACAUGGGGAGUACACACUGGAGAGAGGUGAUUUUCUCUCUGAGGAAUGGAAAGAAAGGAUCGCCAAUACAAGUAUUAUUUUUGUGAAUAACUUUGCCUUUGGUCCAGAGGUAGAUCACCAGCUGAAGGAACGCUUUGCUAACAUGAAGGAAGGGGGGAAAAUUGUGUCCUCUAAACCUUUUGCACCUUUAAGUUUUAGAAUAAAUAGUCGAAACUUGAGUGAUAUUGGCACAAUAAUGCGUGUGGUGGAGCUUUCUCCACUGAGAGGCUCAGUGUCCUGGACUGGAAAACCAGUUUCCUACUACCUGCAUACCAUAGACCGCACCAUACUUGAAAACUAUUUUGCUAGUCUCAAAAAUCCUAAACUCAGGGAGGAGCAAGAGGCAGCUAGGCGGCGUCAGCAGAAGGAUACAAAGGAGAGUAAAAGCAAUAAUACCACACCCACAAAACCGAAAGAACAAAACAAGCAGGACUCUUGUGGAGAGGAAGAGCAUCCUAGCUUGGUGACAGUGGUCAAGGCGACUGCCAAACCAAGAAGAGCUCGACUCUUGCCCAAAGGUCGAAAGUUGAACAACAAGAAGCGAGGUCGACCUAAAAAAGCCGCCCCGGCUGCUGAGAAGAAAAACAAGAAGAAUCAGAGUGCGCUGGACUUGCUGCAUGCUAAGACCCUUUCUGCAGCGCCCCCUCAGGAUGCAUACAGGCCACCUCAGAGUCCCUUCUACCAGCUACCUCCCAAGGUCCAGCACUAUCCCUCUAGUCAACUGCUGCUGAGCCCGACUCCACCUGGUCUGCAACAACUUCUAGAUAACAUCAAACUUCAAUACCUCCAAUUUAUGACCUACAUGAAGACUCCUCAGUACCGGUCCAACCUGCAGCAGCUUUUGGAAAAGGAGAAGCAAAAGCACAUGGACCUGUCAGGACAGGCAGAGCAGCUUCAGUCUGUGUGCGAGUCUCACAAGGACAGGAUCAAAGGUCUUUUUCAGACAAAGUUAGAUGAGUUGGGAGUGAAAGCCUUGACUGUGGAGGAUCUGCUACAGGCCCAGAAGGAGAUAUCGGCUCACAACCUUCAGCUGAAAGAGCAGACUAAACAGCUGGAGAGAGACAUGGCCUUGCUCAGAGACCACAGUCUACUACUGCUGAAGGCCCGAUGUGAGGAGCUGAAGCUCGAUUGGGGUUCUUUGUGUUUGGAAAGUUUGUUGAAGGAGAAGCAAGCACUACGCAGACAAAUCUCUGAGAAACAGAGACACUGCUUAGAGCUACAGAUUAGUAUUGUGGAGCUGGAGAAAAGUCAAAGACAGCAGGAGUUGCUUCAGCUCAAAUCCUACAGCCCCUGUGAUGGCUCCCCAUACAGAAAAAGCCUGGACUCGCGCUCUUCCACAGACAUGGACUCCUCAAAGCUUGGCCUGUCUUCAGCCCCAGUCCUCAAUGGCAUCAGUCCAGAGCUUUCUAUUAAUGGCACCAGCUCACCAGGCUUUGAGCGGACCAGCACAAAGGGAGAGCUUCUUUCUCGCUACCUGCCCAUCUCUCCUGACCAUGAAAUUGUUUCUGCCACCCCUGACGCUCGGCAGAGGCAACAAAUCUCUUCCCACACUCUUCCUGACUACACACGCUUCUCCCCUGCCAAAAUUGCAUUGCGGAGACACCUAAACCAGGACUCCAAUGCUCACUUGAGGGGUCCGGGAUUGACCACACACAGGGAAUUUGGUAACGUUAACUCUUCACUUGGAGCCAAACAAAACUACCCCUCCCCAAAUGCAUCUGACGCACAGAAAGGUUCAGAGAGGGGUGGUAAGGAGAAAAGUCCGUCUGUUCAGGGAGACAGUAGCAUUACGAGUCUGCCUAUCAGCAUCCCUCUGAGCACUGUCCACCCAAGUAAACUACCAGUCAGCAUUCCAUUGGCCAGUGUUGUGCUGCCCAGUCGAGCUGAGAGACUGAGAAGUACUCCAAGUCCUGUUUCUCAGGCAGGCCAGACCAAUGGAUAUUCAUCCAGCUCAGGGCUGAUGAAUGGAGGUCCCCACUCCGAGGAUCACAAUGGUGCUUUAUCAUCACCUCUUCCACAUAGCAACAAUCCAGUGACUGGACAAAUAGGUCGUGCAGGUCCCAUUCAGAGCCCCCCAAUCAGUACUGGAGGGGUGCUCCAGUAUGCAGAUGGACCACCAAGAAUUCUGCCAGAGGAUGGACAAGACCACCAGGCGGGUGAAUCUGACACUGAGCCCCAGGACAGUGAACUGCAGAGGAGAAUCUUCUUCUCUUCCUCUUCAUCCUCAUCUUCCUCUUCGUCAGGCAGUGGAGGCAGUUCAGCCGGAGGAUCACGCUUCCACCAUCACACUGGCAACUCAGCCAAGCAGGGAUAUCACAGUAACCAUGGAAACCACCACCACCACCACCACCACCACCAUCACCAGUCUCCCGGCACACAGCACACACCCACACACGCGUUGUCAUCACAUUCCUCUCACAGCCUUGGCUCUCAAGAGGGACGCAAGCGGGGGAGAAGGAAACGCAGCUCUGCAGGGGCUGUGACAGCCAGUGGAUCCCCAAAGAGGAGGUCAUUCCCUGGACUCAGCUCUUCCAACCACUCCUCAGGAUCACCACUCAACAUUAACUCCAUGGUUAACAACAUCAACCAGCCUCUGGAGAUCUCUGCCAUCUCCUCACCAGAACAAUCAAGUCGUAGCCCCAUUGGACCUGACCUAGACCAGCCUCCUGUCUUGAAGAGAGAGCGCCCCCUGGAGCUCAAUGGUACAGGUCGUUACUCCUCAGCCCCCAGCUCUGACGACGAGGACUCAGGAUACCCCGCUGACAGCUCUAGUUCGCGAAUUGAAAGAAAAAUAGCCACUAUAUCAUUGGAGAGCAGAGAUGGACCAAGCAGAUUAGGGGAUAGUGAAAGAGGAAGAAAAUCUGGAAGCAGCAGUGGAAACAGCACGGGUAGUGAUGCUUGCUCUUCAUCCUCCAUGUCCUCUACCAGCAAGUGGAAAUCUACUUUCUCACCUAUUUCCGACCCUAAGCAACCUAACUCCGAUCCGAGACAGGGGGGCUCUCCAUUUGGAAUGGGGGGUUCUAGCCGGGGCACAGACUCCGACUCUGACCACAAACAGCAGCAUCAGCAUGUGAGAAAAACAAGCGAUGGAGAGUCAUCCAGCUACAUGACCCCUAAUCCCUUCCUCAUUCAGGAGGCAGGAACCCGAGGAGGAGGCAGCAGUGGUGGUGCUGGAGCUCAGGGAGGCAACGGCUCAGACCAACGCCAGGCCCUCCAGAAACAGAAGACUACUCGUGACUGGGAUCUGAAGACGAGCAGCAGCCUGGCCAGUCAGAAUCUCUUCAUUUCAGCUGCUGUCAGCAGUGGAGGUGGGAUUCUGAGUGGGAAGGUGGGUGGUAGUCCUGUAGCAGUUUCUUCAACUACAGGCUCAUCUGUAGGACAGUAUCUGGGCUCUCAGUUCCCACUCAGUGGGACGUCAGUCUUACAACCCUUGUUUGGGGCUCAGACAGGCGGAUCCACAGUAGGUGGGACCACGCGGCUCGUCAAUGGACACUCUGCCCUGGCAAGCUUCUCCAGUGCAGGACUGGCAGGGGGAGCAGCUGGAGGUAAUUGAUGAAAACUACCUCAAGAUGAAAUCAACUAUGCAAAUGUCCAGGUGCAGACCAAGGCACUGUCUUCACUCGCUGGUGCUUCAAAAUGUCUGCACUACCCAACCCAAGUGGGGUCUCUGACACACACACACACACACACACACACACAGACACACAACACAGACACUCACCAGCACCACCACUAUGGUUACCUUAAACAGAAUUCCUAGGUACUAGUUGUUCUCAUGUGAGGACUGUUGUCAUAUAAUUAUGUUUGAAGGUUUUACAUGAUGGAGAACAGUUCUGGCUGCUGCCCAGCACUGGCUUAACUGAGUAUUCGUGUCUGGUGGUUUAACAUUAAGGUGCUCAAUAGUCUUGUCUUAGUCACUAUUACAGCAACUAUUGUUCUGCAAAAGAAACCAUUUUAUUUGAGUGGCUUGAGGGAACGUUUAACAACACAGUCCACCUUUCUGUGCUGAAUCUGAUCAGGUGUCCCAUGACUUCCUUCCAAAAUUUCUAUGUGUGUGUGUGUGUGUGUGUGCGUAUGGACUCAAACACACACCCACAGGCCAGUUCAGUGAACUCUGCUUAGAUGUCAUGCAGCUUUUUAACUCUGCAUGAUUCCUCUUCCUUCAGUGAAAUUCAGUGUUUGUUGCAGAAUAUUUGACUAUUAAGAUGAGGAACUUAAUAUUUUGGUCUAAACCUCACACUGGAUAGUAAAAUGUAAGAUGUAAGUUAGACUCAUGUAGCAAAAAUGUUCUGGCUGACGUGUUGACAUCCCAUUAAAUUUGGUUAUGUUGAUAAUUGACCAUAUAUUUAUAUUAGGGAUGGGAGGAUACCACUUUUUUCUAUCCGAUACCAAUAUCACAAACUCGAGUAUCUACCGAUUUUCUUUUAUUUCGAUACAGUCAUUUUAGACCAUUUAUGA